CUCGAGUGGACACCAUGCUUCCAGAACUAUACUUGCUCUCGACUGGAGGUUCCCCUCGACUACGGGAAUUACAGCAAUGGGAAGACAAACAUUGCGAUCAUAAGGAUAGAGGCCAAGAAUGUCACCAAGGAUACUCAGAGCCUACUCAUCAAUCCUGGUGGACCAGGAGCCUCCGGAGUCGACACCAUCCUUGAAUAUGGCCCAUCACUGGGAGGGAUUGUAAACUUCCAGCAUCACAUCGUGGGCUUUGAUCCUCGUGGCGUCGGACAGAGCGGACCCCUUGUGGACUGCUGGCCUGGCCACCCUGAACGACGAGCCCAGUUCGAAAAGCUGUAUUACACCGAGACUUCUAAUGCUACUUCUAGCUCACUAGGCAAUCAAUACGCAGCAGCGGAGUUCUAUGGCAAAGCCUGCUCGGCAACUGUUGGCGGAUCGCAGGGAAACGCGUCGUACAUCAGCACGCCUGCAGUGGCCCGGGAUAUGCUCACCUACGCCGAAGCGGAGGCGGUUGCAUCUGGCAAACCAAAGAGAGAUGCUAAACUGAUGUUUUACGGCCUCAGUUAUGGCACCGUCUUGGGGGCAACUUUUGCGCAUAUGUUUCCCGAUCGUAUCGAAAGAAUGAUCCUGGACGGCGUGGUCAACGCAGGGGACUACUACUCCAUGAAAUGGCAGGCCAAUUUGUACGAUACUGACGACGCGCUCCAAGACUUCUUUGAUUUCUGCUUCAAAGCUGGAAAGAAGAAGUGUUCGUUCUGGGACUCCUCGCCUCGUAACAUCCGCAAGCGUCUUGAUAACAUCUUGGCCGACCUCAAAUACAACCCGACCCCUAUCCCCAGCUCGGAAUUCUGCGAGAUCCCGAUCCUAGCGACCUACUCUAAUCUCAAAACGCUCGUCAUGCAAGCAAUGUACGACCCGCUCAAUACCUUCCCUGCUCUGGCAAAUGUCCUUGCAGGAUUGGAACAGGGAAACACCACGGCCUAUGUCGGUGCAGUCACGUCCCUUCUACCAUUCAAUCCAUGUAACAACGGUACCGCCGGGUCGACUCAGGACUCCCCAGUCUUGAUUGAGUGUGUCGACGGCUACAGUGGACACAAGUUCCAGAAUAUUACUGAGUUUGGUGACUGGGUUGAGGCAUUGAACACUGAGAGCGAGUUUUUCGGAGAGACACUAACCACCAACUCAGGCUCUAUCCUUGACCCCAAAAACACCUCAUUCCCCAUCAUGUUUGUCACCCAGCAGAGCGACCCUGCCACUCCCAAGCGAAAUGCCUACAAAAUGUCAUCCGUGUUCCCCGGAUCGGUGGUGCUAAAGCAGGACGCCGUCGGACACACUGCCUUUAUCAGUGCCUCUAGCUGCUUGUUGGAAAAUGUCCAGGCUUACCUGACUGGUGGCCAUCUGCCAGCUGCCAACACAACUUGCAAAGCGGAUCAGGUUCCGUUCCAGGAUGUCUAAUGAGCCCGCGAGGUGUUCAGGGAACUCUGGAAUUCCUUUGCUUCCAUCUUGAUGUCAAGCCAUUCUUUAGGCUCAAGAUAGCUUUUAUUAAACAAACAAAUAUAUAGAAAACAUAGCUGGUCAAAAUUAUUAUUUUGACUAAAACACAUGAAGAGAUAAAGACUGAAAAUAAUAAUAAUAAUAAUAAUAAUAAUGAUAAUGAUAAUAGGGAGAAUCUACUUCCCAGAAGUAAAAU